AUGCGAGAAACUAUCCAGGGGAUAGUGCUCGCGUUGCCCACCUUCCUGGGAAUGGAAGGACUGGCCGUCCUCGUCGCAAGCCUUCACCGAAUCCCCUUCAUUGUUGUCGGCCCCCGCUGUCCUGGAAGAGGCAUCUGCAGAGACGCGGCCAAACGAACAGACACGCACAGUAUAGAUGUCCCCUUGGUCACCUGGGACCCUGCAGACAUGUCAGGUAUAAUCUCCUGUCCGGCUCCUCACACCAGACAGGGGCCUGAUCUCAACAUAGUUGCUGGACUCCUCACUAAACUGGAAAUGAGUGACACUACAUGUUUAAGUGUCCACCUUUACCACCCUGGAACCACCAAAGAAGAACACAAAGGAGAAGGUAGCGAAGGGAGUCGCCUCUCAUUCCCAGCUGGAGAGUAUGUAGCAGAGGAGCUGUGUGUCAUCGCGGCGAAAGCAUGUGGUAAGUAG